GCCUGCGGAUCAGAGACGGCGCUGGGCUGGCUUGCCUCUUGAAACCGAGACAGAAAGGCGGCGGCGGGGGGGGGGGAGACCCCAAAACCCACCAAGCUCAGGCUCAGGGUUUAAAGCAGGCAGGCGAGCUAGGCAGCUGGAGCAGAACUUCCUGCGAGAUCUUGGGGGAGUCGCCCGCCGGGAUCUGGUGCGCCUGAGUGUGUGCGUGCGUGUUCGUGGAGGGCUUUUGCCCCUUGGGUCCCCACCGCCGGAGCCCUCCUUCGUCGAGGGCAGCAGCAGCAGCAGCAGGUGGGUGCCAUGAUGACCACCAGCUACCAAGACCCCCCUCCCGAAGAGACGGUGUCCCUCUUGCAUCAGGCAAAGGAGCCCGGCCUCGGCGAGCCUGGAGCCAAGGGGGAACUGAGUCCGGCUUCCAACAAGACCUCCUCGGCGGCCUCGGCCGUGGCGGCGGCGGCGGCGGCCGCGUCGUCGGAGAAAGGCGACCCUUCGCAGAAGCCGCCCUACUCGUACGUGGCGCUGAUCGCCAUGGCCAUCCGCGAGAGCGCCGAGAAGCGGCUGACCCUGUCGGGCAUCUACCAGUACAUCAUCAGCAAGUUCCCUUUCUACGAGAAGAACAAGAAGGGCUGGCAGAACAGCAUCCGCCACAACCUGAGCCUCAACGAGUGCUUCAUCAAGGUGCCGCGAGAGGGCGGCGGAGAGCGCAAAGGCAACUACUGGACCCUCGACCCGGCCUGCGAGGACAUGUUCGAGAAGGGCAACUACCGCCGCCGCCGCCGCAUGAAGAGAGCUGUAGAAGCAGAUUGGACAUAUGCAUGGUGGAUAAAGCUAUCAGUGAAUACUGGGUAUGAUGAGUGUAUACUCCCAGAGGAAAUCCAAAGAAGUGGCCUUAAAUCUGAUCAGAGUGUUGAAUCAGCACCCAUGGAUAUGAAAAAUGUUGCCUUCCUGCCUAUCGUAGAGCUGGAGGAAGUUUGGUCUUUGGAUCAGAGCCUCCAGAACCCUCCAGUCAGCCAGCAAAUGUGA